AAUUACGCCAGAAAGAAGUUAGAUCUGAAUAACUGCACACUUAUUGUAGUGUAUAUUUUAAAAUGAAAUAUUUUAUUAUAUUAUCAGUGGUGCAUAUAUGUAAUGCAGUUAUUUAUAAACUCAAUGAUACCGAGUUAGAUCGAUUUCCUCCUGUAUACUACCUGGAUGACUAUGACAAAUGCCUACGCAAACCAAAUGCAGUUUACUGCACUGUUGAUGCCUAUCUGGUGUCGGAUGCACCUAGCGAUUUACUUACUAUUAUUAAGGAAUAUUCCCAGCAUCGACAUAGACAUUUUAAUCACUCAUAUAUCACAUAUGGCAUUUGUCUUUCGUCAACAUGUAAUAAUUAUACAAAUUUGAACCGAAAACAGAACCUUGAAAAAUGCCUUAACGAAACACUCUUGAAGGAUUAUUCACUUAAAGCAAGAGUUAAAAAGCUAUCUUGUACUAAACGCGACGAAUUUCAAGUGGACGCGUUAGAUAGAGUCGCUGCAUUCAUAUUUUUCAGUAUAUUACUCUUGAAUGUCAUAGGAACCGUCUAUGAAGUAUUUUCAAAGGAAUGUUCUGGUUUUAGUUUAUUGAGAUGUUUUUCGAUUCGUAGAAAUUGGAAUAAAUUAGUUGACACCAGCGAAAAGAACGCGUCGCUACAAAAUAGGUUGAAUUGUCUGGAUGGAUUAAGGACAAUCCUUCUACUAGCAAUAUUGAUUGGUCAUGCACUUAUCACAAGUAUAGUAAACGUUUCCAACACAUCCGUAGUAGAAAAGAUAUUUGACUCCACACCAGUGCAUUCGGUGAUGAAUUUGCCGAUAACCAUGUGUUGCUUCUUCUUUAUAUCAAGCUUUGUGCUUGCGUAUAAUUUGCAAACCAGUGACGACAACUACGAAACUUGGACAUGUAUUGGAAGAAGAAUGCUCAAACGAUGGUGCAGAUUUACACCAGCGUAUGCCGUUGCCCUUUUGUUUAUAAUGACCUGGUACAGACAUCAAGGAGAUGGACCUUUUUGGAUGAAUAUUUACAAGGACAGGAUAGAACCAUGUCGAAGUAUCGGAUGGUAUAACAUGCUAUACGUUAAUAACUUUGUCAAUGGUUCAGUAUGCAUGCUGCAAGGUUGGUAUUUAGCAGCUGAAAUGCAGUUACAUUUUCUUGGGCUUUUUGUAUGCAUCUUUUUCAAAGGCCUAUCGAGAAUAUGUGUUCUAAUUGUGCUUUUUAUUAUUGGGUUACUCAUACCAGGAGUACUCACCUACAUUUAUGACCUGGAUAUGCAGUUAACACCAUCUGCCGAGUUAUUUCGCCAGUACUUCCUGCCAGACCCAACCUUUCGUCUCGUGUAUCGGCAUAGUUUCACCAACUUGGCAAGCUAUGUCAUGGGUCUCGCAAUGGGACUCUUGACAUAUAAAUUGCAAAAGACCAAUUUUGAUAUUCAGAAUUAUAAGAAAUGGAUUCCUCUAUAUUAUUCAGCUAUAUUAUUAAACACGGGUAUUAUGUAUUCAGCAUCAAUAAGUUAUCAGGACAGACCCCGCCUGUCCAUCACAACACGAGUUAUUAUGUCAGCAGUAAUGAAGCCGCUGUUGACUGCGAGCACUGGCGUCCUUGUUUUUGGCGUCAUUUUUAAAUAUGAAAGAAGUCUCUGCGGUCUUCUUGAAUGGCGAGGAUGGACUGUGCUAAACAGACUUGGUUAUUGUUGCCACUUAAUUAACUUACCUUUUAUUGAUUAUCUUCUUGGCUCUGAAGCUUUGAUGCGAACAGGAUAUAUUGUGAAGCUCACUGCAUCCUGUGGAAUAGUCACCGUGACACUUUCGCUGGCGCUAUUUUUGUGGCUUCUAGUUGAAAACCCCUUUGCCUUAAUAACGAACGAAGUCUUCAAGGACAGAAAACACGUUGGGAAUGGAUCAAUUUCGAACAUUGUCGGCAAUGGGACAUCUUUGAACAAAGUCAGCAAUGGGACAUCUUCAAACAUUGUCGGCAAUGGGACAUCUUCAAACAUUGUCGGCAAUGGGACAUCUCCAAACAAAGUCGGCAAUGGGACAUCCUCAAACAAAGUUGGCAAUGAUAUAUAUUUAUGUCACAAAACGGGUAACGGCAGUGCUUCUGAUAAAAAAAGUAUAUAGAUGGAAAUUGAUUAAAUUACAUAAAGUUUAAUAUUUUCUUCAGAUCAAUAGUGCGGCGGAAUUCGUACUUAACACCUUGUGUACCAUUUUGUACCUAACCUAAUCAUGAACGUAAUAUAAGCCUUAAUUAGUUAAAGAAUCUAUCGCGUUAAAAUAUAACCUAAAUAUUAAGUAAUAAGAGAGUGGUAUCUUGAAGGGAACCAAUGGACUUUAUACAUAAAUGCCCAUUUAACAUUCGAUCGAGCGGUGCCCCAAAAAAGUCGACGGCGUGUGUCAGGCACAGGAGCCUUUUCACGUACUUGCCUAUUAGAUUGACAAAUGAAGAUAACCAAUAGAUACAUAAAUCUGAGGCCCAGAUCUAAAAACGUUAGAGUGCCAUCGCUUUAUAUAUUUUCAUGAAUGGGUUUGCAAUAUAAAUAAAAAUACUAUAAGUUGAUAAUGAAUUUAUUUAUGUUAAUAUUCACACUAAACACACAGAUACAUCGCAUUAAAACAUGCUUUAUCAUAAUAAUUGCUAGUUUUAAUUAAAAUAAAUGAUAUAAGCAUAGAAAAUGUCGACUAGCUUUGAAUUUCAAAUUGUGAUAUGUUAUUAGUCUAGAAAUAAUAAAUAAAAUAUUUUCUAAUCAAAAACGUGAGAUCGCUCGCGCUGAAAGACGCGCGGGUGAUCUCAUGAAUUUUGCCAGGGUAAUGCGCGUUCCAUCCAAAGAUCCAUCAUGAAGAAUCCAUACAUUGUGAAACAGACCCUUAGGGUCCCAUAGGGUCUGUUUCACAAUGUAUGGAUUAAGUGCCAAAUAGCUAUGCAA